UCUCGCAAGUAACGAGUAGCGCCACUAAAUUGUAAUGGAAACAGUUUGGGUUAAGAGUUCGUAUAAUGUGUAGUUGAAUGCGGCUAAAACUAUGGCAAAAUAUUUAAUACAAAUUAUUAUCACUGGAUCGCAAGUUGUCGGUAGAGCUUUUGCACGAGCAAUACGUCAAGAAUUAGCAGCAAGUAAGGAAGCUGCACGACAAGCUGGCGGAGGUGAAAAAGGUGCACGACAUGCAGCAUCUAACCUUCGUACUGGCAUGACUUUGAACGAGGCCCUACGUAUUCUUAAUGUCGAACGACCAGAUCAAACCGAACUAAUUGAACAGAAUUAUAAAUAUUUAAUGGAAGCAAACGACAGAUCUAAGGGCGGAUCAUUCUAUUUACAAUCUAAAGUUGUAAGAGCAAAAGAACGUAUCGACGAAGAAAUGAAAUGUCAACCGCCACUUUCAAAUAAUAAUUCGACUAAACAAGAAGCUUCCAAAUCUUUCUAGUACAUAUAUACAUACAUAUAUAUACUUACCUAUUAAUAUCAAUUCUUUCGUCGAAAUAUAGGAAUUUGUAUA